AUGAAGAAAGAUGAGACGAACCUUAAAGUAGAAUCAGUAGGAAUAAAACUCAAAAAGCAAGCACCCUGCAAAUCGGGAAGCAAUGUAAAUCAUAACAGAUCUCUAAGGGCGCAUGGACAGACUGAAUACUCCCGAGGGGAAAAGGGGCAGGAUUAUCCCAACACGUCCAUACAGAGCUCAGUAAAAAGUGGUAUCCAAAAUGAUAAAGGAAAAUCCUUACAUGCGGACAGUGGGGAAAGCAAAUCCGGAAGAAAAACAGAAGCGAAAAAAAACAACACCAAUGUAUCAGCAAAAGUUCGCGAACACACAUUAAACAAAACAAAGGGAGGACAACACUUGAACAAUAAUGUUAAUCCCAAAAAGGGUGUUAACCCAAACAAGGGUAUUAACCCAAACAAGGGUGUUAACCCAAACAAGGGUGUUAACCCAAACAAGGGUGUUAACCCAAACAAGGGUGUUAACCCAAAUGGUGAAGAGAAGAAAAGUGGCAAGGGGAACACCACCCACGAAGCAAAAUCAAGUGUUAAAGACAAAACACAAAAAAGAGAGGAUUCCAAAUUCAUACAAGUAAAAAGUGAUGAUAAAUACCUUAUCCAUCUUGUGAAGAAAGGAAAUGUACAAAUUCAAGUGGAAAAAUGUGAAGACGAUUCCGUGAAGAAGAGAAAAAAUCCCCCCUCCUCUUCCAGUAGCCAAUCCAUGGAAAACAAUUCAAGUGACGACUUUCAAUGCACAGAUAUUAUAGAGCAGUUUAAAAAGAAGAAAAAGCGAGAGUUAGAGGCCAGAAAGAAAAAACGCAUAAGGGAUAGAAAAAACAAGUUAAUAAGGAACCCAACAUACAGGGACGCGGAAACGCAAGUCUUCCUUGACGACUUUACCAAAUAUUACGAGAAAGUGAAACCCCAGGUUGAGAAGCUUGUUGAAGAUGUCCUAAAUCAAGCGUUAAAAGAGAUCUACGAAGAUCAAGAGUUAAGCAAAAUAAUAAACAAAAUAAACCAUUACGAAAAAAUCAGACAAGACAAAUAUGAAUCCCUUAAAAAUUACGAAGAAAAUAGCGAAAUGUUUUACAAAGAAACGAAACAUAAAAUAAAAGACAGGAUCCUACUCAAAAAGAAAGUGGAAAUUAUAAUGAAAAAAAAAAUUGCCCAUAGUAAAGCCCAGAAGAAUAUGCAUUUUAUACUUCAGAAAAACUUGGACUUCUAUUCCCUGAUGGACUAUUUCCCAAGCGGCUUGGAGAAAAAUAUGAACCUAAUCGUGCUCCCAUGGCUGGAGGAUAUAAUUCUCUACUUGAUAAAGGUGAAAAAGGAAAUAACCCACUACAUCAUCGCGGACAUGAUAGAAAAGAGCCUUCUUUCAAGAACGGAGUUACUUGAGACAUAUAAGAGCCACCUUCUUAAAAAAGGACAUGAGGAAGAGUAA